CUUCUUCAAUCUGCCCGCUGACUUCCGCUCCCGGAGUGCUCUGCGUUGAAUCAUGGACCAUAAUGACAACGACUUGCAAGGGACUAACAGUAUGGGAUCCCUGAGUGGACUGGAUGUCCGAAGACGAAUUCCAAUAAAGCUUAUUUCAAAACAUCCAAACAAAAGUAAACUGUCACCUCGUCCUCAGAGGAACAUGAACCGCAUGCCUACCAAGCCACAGACAGGUGAAGAAGGGGGUUUUGAUUACAAUGAAGAAGAGAGGUACGACAACAAAGGAGGGGAUUUAUUCGGCAAUCAGCGGAGAUUUCCUUCACACACAUUUUGGGACUAUAAGCUCAAUCUUGUUGGAGAGAAGGAGGAAACCCCCGUCCAUUUCUGCGACAAGUGUGGUCUUCCUAUAAAAAUUUAUGGCCGCAUGAUCCCUUGUAAACAUGUUUUCUGCUAUGAUUGUGCUUUACAGCACGAGAAAAAGGGAGAUAAAUUGUGCCCUGGAACACUUGUUGAAGAAAGUACUGACACCUACAAGCGUAUGAGUUGUAACGAUCCUGUUCAGCGCAUUGAACAGUGUACACGUGGAUCUCUCUUCAUGUGCAGUAUUGUACAAGGAUGUAAGAGAACAUAUUUGUCUCAGAGAGACUUACAAGCGCACAUCAAUCAUCGCCAUAUGAGAGCUGGAAAGCCAACUACACGUCCUCAACCUGAGCCAAUCCAUCCUCCAAUGCCUCCACCCCCCACAGAAAUUACAGAUCGUUUCAUAAUGCCUCCAGACAAGCUCCAUAUAACUCAUAUGCCUACCAAACAGCACAUACUAAUGCCUCCUCCCCCAAUACAGCAUGUUCCUCAUGAGCAUUUUAAUCCACAACAUGAAGAUAUGCGCGGAUCACCAGCCGAUAUCUCCAUGGCCCCACCUCCGCCCCGCCCUGUUUCUCAAGAUGCUUUCCGGAUAUCUACUAGGAAACAUAGCAAUUUAAUAACUGUGCCCAUACAGGAUGAUUCUAGUUCUGGUGCACGGGAGACACCUCAGGCACCUGCUUUGCAUCAUCCUGAGUAUCCAGGUCAGCCAGUGGUAACUCAUCCUCACCAUAUUAUGCCUCCCCAACAACAUUAUGCACCUCCGCCGCCGCCCCCACCCCCAAUCAGUCAUCCAAUGCAACAUCCUCCUCAAGGAGCUGGAACACCUCACAUGGUGUACAGUCAAGGUCCACCACCACCAAUGACAACUGCUCCACCUCCAAUUACACCUCCUCCUGGACACCUAAUUGCUCAAAUGCCACCAUACAUGAAUCAUCCUCCUCCAGGACCACCGCCACAACAUGGUGUUCCACCUGUAAAUGCUCCUCCGCCACAUCACUACAAUCCUAACUCUAUGCCACAAUUCAGUGAAGAUCAAGGAACACUCAGUCCACCAUUCACACAACCUGGAGGAAUGAGCCCAGGCAUGUGGCCUGCACCUAGGGGCCCCCCACCACCUCCUCGUAUGCAAGGGCCUCCUUCUCAGGGUCCUAUACCUGGACCACAUCACCCUGAUCAAUCUAGAUACAGGCCAUAUUAUCAGUGAUUUCUUUAAUUUCAACUUGCUAGGUUUACUUUUGUGCAUCAGCUGCAGUUUUACAAUAAUGUGUACACUGUCUUAUUUGUCAUUAAUCCCACCCAUUUUCUGGGUAUUGGUGCAUACAUAUUGUUUUGCUUAGGAUGUUGAUAUAUUUUUGUUUAAGCUGUUAAACCUUGCAUUUCUGAAAUGUGUUGCAGAAUGAAAAUGUAAUGUUUUCCACAUUUUGUAGCUGUAACAAAUAGUGUAUAGUACCACUGUCAUCCUAAAUAUUAUUUUUGUUACAUUAAACUAUUAGAAUUAUAUUGUGAUGCUUUUAUGAAACUGUUUAAAAUGAAUGUAAUUAUAGAUGUACAGAUAUUUGUUCCCUUAUUUUUUUUCCUUUUGUAGUAACACAAUAACACCUGUUACAGUGUGUCUGGUAUGUUUACCAGUGAUUCAAUAAAUACUAAAUUCACAACAGAUUA